UGAUAAAAAACAUUGGCAACGAAGACCUGAACGAAUUCAUAUGAACCCAAUUCAUCUGUGUAUUUGUUCAUUCUGCACUUCAUAAAUCAGCGAUGAAAUAAAUAAGCUCAUCAAGUGAAUCCCUGUACACAUGGGCGCCUCCGAAUCAACACUAACGACUUCCCGAAAUUCGGAGGAUGGGAUCACCACCGUUUCUGAGCCGACCAAGGGCGUCGACCCCAUUUUGCAGAGGCUUCAGUCCCUCAAAAUUACGAAGCCUAUACUUACAUCGGUACCUGAAGAGAGUAGCUUGACGGAUAUCCUUGUCCGGAAACCUCUUUCUUCCACUAAUACUGGUACUGUAAAUCCUAAUGUACUGCUGGAGCUCUUCUCCAUAUUUCGUGAUUGGCAAGAUGAGAAAGCACAAAACAUAAGUAAAAGACAGGAAGAGAUUGAAAACAAAAUAGAAGUUGCUGAUGCAUUAGGCGUAAAGCUUCUCCAACGCUUCAAUUACUCGGUGUCAGCAAUGAAGACCACAUCCAAUCAUCUAUCAGAAGUGCAUUCAUUGCAAGUCGAACUGGGAGAGCUGAAAGGAAGAUUAACUGAGACCAUUAGCAACUGUGAUGCAUUAUGCAAGAGAAUCGCCAGCGAGGGACCAGAAUCGCUGAAAUCUUCUGUAAAGCCUCUGACAGCCGUCUCCUAUAAUCAACAGACAAUCAGCAUCGAACAACACUUGCCUUCAUCAUCAGUGGAUGAGAAAGAUGAAGAUACAUCUUCGGUGCAAGAAACUAGUUAGGACUUCCGGCCCUUUUAUACGCCUUGUUAAAUCUUUUUACAUAUUCUAACAGUUGCAGUCUGAGUUGUCGUCUAGCCGUGCCGAACAUCACCAACAUACACCCUGCUUGGAAAUGCCGAUUUGUUAUUCCCAACCCUUUGGAGCAACAACUCUAGUCUGUGCUCUCAAGGCAUGAUGGGAUUUUAUUUUAUUUUAUUUUUAAUUUUAAUGAAUAUUUGAUUCUCUUG